UGUCGGCUGUGUUAUCCACAGGUUCUGGUCCGUAGGAUCAAGGCAUUUCAGCAGGAGGAGGAGGAGGAGGAGAUUCCCAGCUUGGGGGAUAAUUGUUUCUGGUAACAGACUGACCUGAGGUAUCUGACAACAACGUCUGCCAAGGCCCAGAGAAGACUGCACUGAAAGAACACACCCAGGAGCUACUGGUCCUUUCUUACGAACAGAAGGAAAUGGCCAAUGCUCAGGAGCCUUUAUCAUUUGAAGAUGUGGCUGUGGACUUCACCUGGGAAGAGUGGCAAUUAUUGGACCCCACUCAGAAGGACCUGUACAAAGAUGUGAUGUUGGAGAAUUACAGUAACCUGGCAUCGACAGGAUAUCUCGAUACCAAACCAGAGCCAGUGUUCAAGGUGGAACCAGGAGAACAGUCAUGGACAGUGGGAGGAGCAAUCCACGAUCGGAGCAGCCCAGAAGAAAUAAAAGCAGUUGACCAACUGCAGUGGCAGCCAGAAAACGAAAAUGAGCUUAAAAGUUUGGAAAGAUAUCAACAAAGUUAUGCUCUUGAAAGGAAUCUCCAUUCAGCCAAAAAUUUAGUUCUUGUGAAACAACAGCAGAAGACAUUCGACUCACCUUGUACAAGUUUGACAGCUUUAGAUUUUGUUAUCCAGAAUAGAAGAUAUGCAGAAAAGGGUUAUGAUGAGUAUGGUGGAUACAAGAAAUCCUCUGUCCACAUGAAUUACCACCCAAAAAUGUAUACAGGAGAGAAGCCGCAUGAGUGCAGUAAAUGUGGAAAAGCAUUCUCCCAGAAGGCACAACUUAUUAGACAUCAAAGAAUUGAAAAAGGAGAGAAAAUUCAUGAAUGCAGUGGGAAAACAUUUAUGAGGAGGCUUCAGCGCACUGAACAUCAGAGAUUUCAUAAAGGAGAGAAGCCCCAUGGAUGUGAUAAAUGUGGGAAAGCCUUCUCCAGAAAGUCCCAGCUCAGAGUACAUUGGAGAAAUCAUACAGGGGAAAAACCCUACGUAUGCAACAAAUGUGGGAAAGCCUUCAGCAGGAAGUGCCGGCUUAACAGACAUCAGCGGUCUCAUAUGGGGGAGAAAUGCUAUGAUUGCAAUGAGUGUACAAAAGCCUUUUCCCAGAAGGCCUACCUCAUGGCACAUCAGGGACAUCACACAGGAGAGAAGCCUUAUCAAUGCAGCGAAGGUAGAAGGACCUUUUUAAAAUCAGACAUGACCAAGCAUCAAAGAAUUCAUACAGGAGAGAAACCUUCUGAAUGUGAAAAAGCCUUCAGAAGCAAACCGAUGCUCAUUCAGCAUCACGAAAUUCAUCCCAGAGAAAGAGCAUAUGGGUGCAGCGAAUGUGGCAAAGCUUUUGCCCACAUGUCAGUCCUUGAUAAACAUAAGAAGACUCACGGCAGAGAAAAAUCAGACUCCCUGAAGGUAAGAAAACACUCCUCAGGGAGUCAUUCCUCUUUACACAUGAACGAACUGGGUCAAGAGCAAAACCCUGUGAAUCCAGUGCCAAUGGAAACACCGUCUUCAAGAACUCAGCCCUUAUUAAACAGCAAUGAACUUGUGGGGAGUAGAAAUGUAAUGAUUGUAGAACCACCUUUUUUAAGAAGUCCAGCCUUCAUAAAUUAUCGAGAAUUUCCCCCGGAAAUAAAUUUUGUAAAUGCAGUGAAUGUGACAACACCCCCCAUUAUAAAUUAUGUCUUAUAUGUUACAGGUAUCAUGUAGGGAGAAAAAUACUUUGGUCAUCAGAUAUGUGGAAAAGUCUUUAGCAAGGGUAUCCUAUAUAUAAUAUCCAUCAGAGCUCACUUAGAACAAAGCACACUAGGUAUAUAUUUGGGAUUGAAGAAUCCUCUUAUUGUCAUGAAUUGGGUUACCUGCCCCAAAAUAUGUAUCAAAUUAGCUCAGCCAUAAUUCUCAGUGCUUUGGCAGUUAUAUAAUGAUUUCCCAUUAUGUUAUCUGAUGUAAUGAGCCAAUCAAUUAUAAGAUGAAAUCCCUUAACCCCUGUAGAGCCCUGAUCUAACAUAAGGGGUAUUUCUCUGGGGUGUGCCUUGCAACACUUUUAAUUUUACAAAUGACAAAAGAAGUGAGCAGAGGAACCUAGUACCACCAAAAGGAGCUGGAUGGAGUGCUUCCUUUGGGCCUAGAGCCCCUGCACUGGGAACCUUCUAGAAUCUGCAGACAUGAAGAUUGAACGGCCUGGAGCUGGCGCUCUGAAUUGAGACUGCCUGCCUCCUAAACUGUGAGGGGUAGGUUUCUGUGUUAGAGCCAUCAUUUACGUUUCUGUCAUCUAAAAGACAUCAAGGCAACAAUGUUGAAUAGAAAGGUAGCUUAGCUAGAAUAGUUUAUGACUCUCAGUUGCUUUCAAAUAUAUAUAUAUUAAAACAUUUUAUUAGGGGUUCAUACAACUGUUAUUG